AAAACUUGAAUCAUUGGCAAAAAUUAUUUAAAUUUGAGUUUAGUCUUGAUUAAUGAUACAAAUAAGCAUAUAGUUUAGGCGAGGGAUUGAAGCGCAAGGAGGAAUGAAUGGGUUGUUGCGGUUGGAAGAAGUUGUAUGGCAUUGGUAGUUCACUUUCUACACCAAUGUUACCACUCUCACCCUUUCGUCCUCUCUCUUCUUCUCUUCCAUUCUCUUCCAAUUCCCACCCUUCAUCUUCUUCUUCCUCCAUUUCCCAACUAGAACAAGACCAACAACAAUCAAAACGAAGCUCGCAACUCGUAGCAUUGGAAUACGCUGACCUCAACCUCUCUAACAAUUUGGAACUAGGUCAUGUCAGAAUCAGGCAACAUGUUAAUCCCCUCAGUUCUUCUUUCGCUACUCCUGCACAAGUACCAGACUGGAACCAGGUUUUUGCAGACCCUGCAUUGCCACUCAUGGUAGAUAUUGGAUGUGGCAGUGGCAGGUUUCUUAUGUGGCUUGCAAAAAGGACACCUAAAGUGAGAAAUUAUUUGGGAUUGGAAAUAAGGCAGAGGAUGGUCAAGCGUGCUGAGUCAUGGGUAAAAGACAUGGCUCUAGAUAACAUACAUUUCUUGUUUGCAAAUGCCCCAAUUUCUUUCAAGCAGUUGGUAGAAUCAUAUCCCGGGCCAUUGCAGUUAGUUUCAAUUUUGUGUCCAGAUCCUCAUUUCAAGAAAAAACAUCAUAAAAGAAGAGUUCUGCAGAAGCCUUUGGUUGGUGCUAUUGUAGACAAUUUAACUCCUGGAGGACAGGUAUUCAUACAGUCUGAUGUGGUUGAAGUGGCACUUGACAUGAAAAACCAGUUUGAUGAAGUUGAUGCACUAAGUCACAUAGAUGCUUUGAACCCUGCUACAUUGUGUGACAGUGAAGGAUGGUUAUUAAGCAACCCUAUGGGGAUUAGGACUGAGAGAGAGAUUCAUGCAGAAUUCGAAGGAGCGAAAAUUUAUCGAAGGUUGUACGAGAAGAAGCAGAUAUGAUUGAUUUGUUAAGCUUUAGUGCAACCCUAUCCAUGCCAGGCAUUUUGUGUCUGAUGUGUUCUUGUAUAUUACAUGUUCAACUUCAACCCCAGGAGAAAAGUACACACAAGCUUUUAGAAUGCUUACCAGUAUUUUCUUUAGAUAUUAAAAUACUACCAUUUGUUUAAUCCAACUAUAUGAAUCAACUAUAAUUUUUUAA